CUCACGUUCAGGCGUCAAAAGCCAUGGCGAGCCAUCAGCGAUCACAGCCCGCUAAAGUCAUCCCCUCAUACGCCAACUCCCCGACCCCCCAAUCCCAUCCCGCAUACCCCGGGAGACAACGAAACACCUCCUGCAACCACGAACACGACACCAUCCCCAACCAACACCUCAGCUUCUUUGAGUGCGCCUGAUUCCGAGCAUUUGAGACACCUAUCAACCGCAUCAUACAGCGAACGCGACACCAACUUACAGACUUGCCCAUCGAUAUAUACCAUCCCAUAACUUGCCCACCAUGGCUGUCGAUCCGCGCGUACUCCAGCAAGAGGCAGAGAAGACUCUUGCGAGCGCUUCCAAGGGCUGGGGCCUCUUCGGAAACAAGGAAGACAAGUACCAGAAUGCGGCGGAUCAGUACAUACAGGCGGCCAACGCUUUCAGGUUGCAGAAGUCGAACACCGAAGCCGGCAAGUGUUUCGAGGAAGCUGCCAAGAUCUACACUGAGAAGUUGAAGGAGCCCAACGAUGCGGCGAACGCCAUGUUGGACGCCUUCAAGGUCUAUAGGAAAGAUGCCCCAGAUAACGCUGUGCGCUGCGUCGAGGUUGCCAUCAAGCAGUAUACUAUGGCGGGCAACUUCCGGAGAGCUGCGUCGCACAAGGAAAACCAGGCUGAGGUCUACGAGAACGAGCUGCAGAAUAAGCCGGAGGCUAUCAAGGCCUAUACGACCGCGGCUGAGUGGUAUGAGAACGACGGUGCUGUCGCUCUUGCGAACAAGCUGUGGCUCAAGGUAGCCGAUCUCUCUGCCGUCGCGGGCGACUAUUUCGGCGCGAUUGAGAAGUUCGAGAAGGUCGCGGAGGCGUCACUCGGCAGCAACCUGAUGAGGUACUCGGUCAAGGAGUACUUCCUCAAGGCCGGUCUCUGCUCCUUGGCGACCAAGGAUAUGGUCACUGCCCAGCGCAACAUCGCCAAGUAUGCCGAGAAGGACCCAUCAUUUACGGGCCAGCGCGAAUACCAACUCCUAGUUGACUUGUUGGAAGCUGCCUCGAACAACAACCUCGAGAUGUUCCAGGACAAGCUGGCUGCGUACGAUAAGAUGAGCCGGCUCGAUGACUGGAAGGCGGCCGUUCUUCUCCAGAUCAAGAAUAACUUUGAGGAGGCGGACAGCGAGUUCUCAUAAACGGGGUGGAGGAACGUAUGAUAUACAACCAUUUAUCGAUUCUUGGUUUUCUUUUUCGUAUCGGCGUUUUCUGGUUGGGAUGGGGAUGAACCCCUCAUAUUGUUAUUGCGGUCAUCGACAAUUUGGCGAUUUACUGAAGACGGAAUCAAACCUGUCGUCUGGGAGUGAAAUAGGCUUAAAGCAAUAGAAACUUGUUCCUAGUUGGUAUGCGUUAUUCAUACAAAUCAACAUCAGUAUUGUAGGUA